CCGAAACAAUCGUAUUCUGGGAUCAGAUGACGCGCAUACUAAUUUUAUCGAGCUUGGUUAUCUUCGCCUUAGUACUCGAUAACUGCAUGGCCAGAGACAGCAAGUGGGUCACUUACAGGGGUCAACAAUCUUACCCAGGAUAUCGUCAAACCAGUCCUGUCAAAACUCACAACAAACCAGCGAGACCACCGCGACCAGCGGUCCCACCACGGGCAGAUAUUCGGGGUGUAAAAUUAUAUGGACCUCGACGCAAUGAGAAAGAAUACCGAGAAGGUCUCAGCGAACUUGCAGGACUGAUGGAUAUGUGACACCUGCUUUGGAAACUGUCAAGCUUAUGACUGUUCAGCUAUUCUCAGUAUUGUCUGUAUCUUGUUUGAAGCUUCAACACUGUAAUGCGUUGUUUACGUAUGGUCACAAAUCGCUUAAAUAGAUGUUGUUCUUUGUGUUCUAAAACCGACUAUAUACAUACCUCAAUAUGAA